AUGGAGUGGAAAAUAGCGUUAUUUUUCUUUGUGACAUUAGGAUCUGUGUUGGCACAAGAAGCAGUGUUGUAUGACGCGUACUUUGGGAAGCCUAUCAGUGAGAAACGCAGCGGCUACCUGGCAGGAGUUGCCAACGGGACGACCGUAUGCACAGUACUAGUGCUACCAUGUCGUAAGGAGGAGGGACGGCGAGUGGACGGCACGUGCACCAACCCCAAGCACCCCUCCCGGGGAGCCAGCAUGACCCCAUUGCCGCGUCUUCUACCAGCGCAGUAUGGACCCGGUAACACCUUAAGGCCAGCGAGUGACGGCUCAGAGCUACCAUCAACUCGACUCAUACGUACUUCGCUGCUUGCGGACGGAACACUCACUAAUCAUGAGUUCUCCACAUUGGCUACACAUUUCUUUGUCGCGUCGGCUGCUGAUAACGUAGAUCUUUUCUACUUGACCAGGUACUUCCCAUUAAGUGACUGCUGUGUCGGCAACACCCCCAAUCGCGUCAACCCCUCGUGCAUCCCCAUCCCCGUGCCAGGCGACGACCCUUACCUCCGAAUACCGCAGAUCAGGUGUCUUAACCUCACCAGGAUCAUCAACUACCAGGACCUUGGGUGUCUUCCCAAUUCUUUGUCGGCUGAAAGAUACUCCGUAGUAACUCCCCUGCUGGAUCUGUCACUCGUGUAUGGGAACACAGAAGCGAGGAGUAGGAUGAUCAGAUCUAAUCAAGGAGGUGAACUGGCAUUCAGGAUGGAAGGGGAUCGAGAGGUGCCUCAGGGUCAAAGCGUAAACUGUCUUAACAACCAGCCGCUGCAAGGCGAAGUCGUUUGCUACAAUUUUGGUGAUGAUUUCCAAUCCAAUCUACUCCCGGGUAUCUACUUGACUGCCAUGUGGUUCUUUAGAGAGCACAAUCGAAUAGCUCGUGGUUUAGCCAAGGUCAACUCCUGCUGGGAUGAUGAAAAGCUGUUCCAAACGGCACGCCAGAUCAACAUCGCACAAUACCAGUAUAUCUUCUAUUAUGAACUGAUUGUGGAACUCCUCGGUCGCAAGAAUGCUCUAGCAGAAGGCAUCGUUUAUGACACAGCUGGCUACGUGAACGAUUUUGAUCCUCACUACGAGCCUGGUGUCAUCCGAGAGUAUAUCCUCGGUGCCCGAUGGUUCCAUAAUUUCCAGCCGGGGCAAUUUGACUUGUACAGGAACAGCAAGUACCGCGGCAGAAGACCCGCACCAGAUGAUUCACUGAGGAGUGGCAUCCUCUCCGUCAACAACACUGAGGCGGACCUCACACAGGGCUCCUUGAUCCAACCCUCUGAUGACUUCGAUUACGUCAUAGCUCCUGAUCUAGCAGAACGGUACUUUGGUGAGGUGCAGACGGCGAACGAUCUACCAGCUACUGACAUGAUGCGAGGCCGUGACGCCGGUCUGCCGCCGUACAAUCACUACAGGAAGAUCUGCGGCAUGAAGCCUGCCAAGCAUUGGGAGGACUUCCAUGACGCUAUAGAUAAAGAUAAAGUCGAGGUGCUGCGGCGUAUCUAUGAGGAAAUAGAUGACAUGGAACUGAUGGUGGCGAUCUACGCGGAGAAGCUGAUGCCAGGCACGUGGGUCGGGCCGUCGCUCUACUGCAUCAUGGUGCACAACCUGCUGCUGUGGAGACGCUCUGACAAGUUCUUCUUCGAGCACGGAGACUUCCCCGCUGCUCUGACCAUUCCUCAACUCAAUGCAGUGCGGAAGACGAGCAUAGCCCGUGUGCUGUGUGACAGCGGAGAUAGCAUUACGCAUAUACAGCCUGCUGCUUUCUUCAGACAAGGACAUUGGAACAAACCGGUCUCGUGUAAGGAAAUUCCAGGAAUCAACUUGAACAAGUGGAAGGACCCCUGGUGUCCAAAGGACAAGAAAAAGUGA